UCAAUUUAUUCCCACAAGCAAUCAUCGCUCAUUAACACAUCAUCACCGCAGCUAGCCAGCACGUGCUCUCGUUAUGCUAUUAGAACCGAUAAACAACGACGAAUCACCGCCAGCCCAUGGAAACCUGUUCCACUGCUCGCUGUGCUGAGUUAUCGAGGGGGUGGGAAUCUAAUUGUUUUCCGGAGAGACCCGUAGGUAUUGGUGGGAGGAGGACGACACGAUAUGCUGAGAAUGAACUUUCUGGUUGUGCUUUUGUACUGGGUGAGUUCAUUCCAUGGUUGCACCAACACAGAGACCAUGCUUCUCCACACGGUAGGAGAAGUAACACAUGUUGUCAUGUCAACAUUACAGGUAGGAAAGAGACAACCCUAGAAUCCAUGGUUGCUGCUAUGCUCGUUGCCCUCUUUACGUGGAUGAACAAAACUCGAAGCAGAAAAGGAAGAGAAAAACUACCCCUUAUGCUCUGGGUUUGGCUGUUACUGGCGUGCUUGCUUGCAACCAUUGCCUUGAGCAGGGUGAAGCCUUUCAUGCCUUCAGCCUUCUUCGCUGCCUUUCCACGUUUCCACGGUUCUCCGGCUCUGGGUUAAUGCCUGUAUUGGUGGUUGAGGAAAAACGUGCGCACACUAGAACCAACAACGGAGGGAUCACUUUUUGAUUAUUUUUAAUAUUUAUUUGAUGAGCUGUGGCUUGCUGCAUUCAGUCCGUGGUUGACAUUAGACGUUAGUGGUUCAUCGGUUGUUAACUCGGUGUUUAUCGGUGAGGCGUGGGUGGAUCUGGCUUAGUGUCGGCUUAGUACGUGGAUAAAAGUUAAUCUUCCGGAAGUUGUGAACACAGUGUUACUCAAGUUAAUGGAUUUCGGAUCUUCUUUGGACUGUUGUGUGAUGAUUGUGUGAAAUAUUUGAAAACAAAUUAAAAUAGCCAAAAUCAAAGGCUCCGUGUUAAGUGUGAUUAGUGAUUUAUAGAGAGCGAAAAACAAGGAUACCUCAAGCUCACCCACAUGAAAGACAUGAUGUCCAGUGCGCUUUCAAACGAUCAUAUCCUGCGGCCGGCUCAGGAAAGUGCGAUCUCGAAACCGCGUGCCGUCUACAGUAUCGAUCAGAUCUUGGGAAACCAUCAUCACCUGCGGAAUACGAAUAGCAGCAGCAGCAACAACCAUAGCAGUAGCAUCAUCCAUAAUAAUAACAACAUCAACACCAACAACAAUAAUAACAACGAUCAGGAUGGUUCGCUAAAGCGGGAGGAUUCGCCGGUGGAACCGCACGAAAAUGGAGUCGAUGUGGACAACGAUGACGAACUGCCCAUUAUGGGCGAUCUGGACGGGAUGGAUGGUGAUCCGAACGAUAUGAAUCGGCCGAGGAAAAUUCGACGCAGAUCUCGGACAACCUUCACCACCUUCCAGUUACAUCAGUUGGAGCGGGCCUUCGAGAAGACGCAGUAUCCGGAUGUGUUUACUCGAGAGGAACUUGCAAUGCGGUUGGAUUUGAGCGAAGCGAGAGUUCAGGUAUGGUUCCAGAACCGUCGUGCGAAGUGGCGCAAGCGAGAGAAAGCCAUGGGCAGAGAUACAUCUGCUUUCCUGCACCACGACCAAGGAAUGCCUGAAUUUCCACUGGGUCUUCCCUUGCCGCACCAGCUGGCUCAUCCAAGUCUUCCACCGGCGGAGUUCUGGUCGGCCAACUUCGGGCUGCACCCGACGCUGAUUCCGGGCUCUGGUCAUCCGUUGAUCCAUCCCAAUAUGGUGCCGAGCUACAAGAUCCCGCAUUUCCAUUCGUUCUUGUCCCAGUAUAUGGGGCUGAACUCGCUGCUAGGGGCAGCGGCCUAUCCACAGAACCUCAGCAUCAAUACACGACUUAGUCCACCGACCAGCCCGAAGGAGAGUCCCAAUGAGACCGUGACGGGCGGUGUCGGAGUUAGCAAUACGAGUAGCAGUAGCAGCAGCAGUAGUAGUUCAAGCAGUGCUAGUAGUAAUCUUAGCGUUGGAAGCAACAGCAUCAACACGAGCAAAGAAAGUGUUGCGGAGAAAUAAUCGAACGGAUUAGGUUAGGUAGCGAAAGGGCUCUUACGAGAUGCAAUAUUUAUUGUUAACUUAUUGGAACCGAUCUGUACACAGCCGGAGGGGGGUCACAUCGCUGGGUGAUAUCGGGUCGGACACGCUA